GAAGGCAUCAGGGGUAGUAGUUAUUUUGACAUUCUAAAAUGACGGACCCGGAUGAUCACUGGAAAACGGACGGUGCUUUCAGCGACAGUGGCUUUGACCAUAGUUUCUUUGCUGAAACUGCCAGGAAGGGGACAGUGGUGUCCAGGGCCAACAGCAUCGGCUCCACGAGUGCCUCUUCAGUACCAAACACAGAUGAUGAAGACAGUGACUACAGACAGGAGUCGUCGUAUAAGGACUCGUAUAAAGAUCGACGGAGGCAAGCACACACACAGGCCGAGCAGAAGCGCAGGGAUGCUAUCAAGAAAGGCUAUGAAGACCUCCAGUCCAUAGUGCCUACCUGCCAGCAGCAGUCUGAAUUUGCCGUGGGAGCACAGAAGAUCAGCAAGGCUACUGUACUGCAGAAAACAAUUGACUACAUUCAUUUUCUUCAUAAAGAAAAGAAGAAGCAAGAGGAGGAAGUAACUUUGCUAAGGAAAGAAGUGAUGGCGCUGAAGAUCAUGAAAACAAACUAUGAGCACAUAGUGAAGGCCCACCAGAACAACCCACAGCAAGGAGAGGAUCAGGUGUCUGACCAAGUCAAGUUCAACAUCUUUCAGAGCAUCAUGGACUCCCUGUUUCAGUCGUUUAGUAAUUCUGUCUCGAUGAGCAGCUUCCAAGAACUCUCCGCCUGUGUGUUCAGCUGGAUCGAGGAGCACUGCAAGCCGCAGACGCUGAGAGAGUUUGUCGUUGGUGUGCUCCGACAGCUCAACUGUCAGCUGUAUUGAGUGAACCUCUGGGCUGAACUCCCACAUAUUGACUUUGGGCUUGCUCUUGCCUCUCAGGGUGGAGUAAAAACUCCAAUCAGCAUCAGACAGAACCACAGUAUUUACACUCACUUUUAUCUCAUCAGUGACUCCAUGGCUGCGACUGGAUAACCUCAACCCACGCUACAGGAGGAGAUGAACAUUGGUGUUGAAGGAGUUUUAAAGGGAAAUCGCUGUUUUUAACAUUAUUUUAUUUUUCACAUGUUGAAUGAGUUAAACAAUAAGAUUGUCUACUCUCUCUUACUGAACUCAGGUUUCCACUGUAGUUUCCCUGCCAUACAUCACCUCUAAUGAGAUUUAAGAAUGAGACUUGUUUCCAAGUCAUCGAUCAUUUAGAACCUGAAAUCCGAGAAGCAUUACGUUCAGGUUUAAAAUAACCAACACAACCUGGGCUAGGGUAAGGUUGUUCAUUUGAAUGCAGAUGUGGAAAAUGCAAUUUACUUUGGUCAACAUUGGCUCUUCUAAUCAGUAUCAGUUCAUUCCAAACUGUGCAUCAGUCUGAAUGUUCUUUCACUGUACCCUCGACCAGUUACCGUUUCCUUAUAACCAAGGGUGUGCCGUGGACAGAGGUGUGCAUCUGCUGGACUUCAUUAGGUUUUUAUAUGUACAUUUUGAAAAUAUAUAUGGAAGCUACUUUUUGUCAUGGGUUGGACUUUGUAUUUGAGUGUGUAAAGUUAAAAAUCAUUUAGAUAACCGAGAGCAGCGUUACGCUCGUUUCCAUCAAAAGGAAAUCUUGUUUUUAGUCCCUGGCUUGUUGCUUACAGUGUUUGACUUUGAUAGUUCAUGUAUAGUUGCCAUCUACUGUAUAUCACCAUCUCCAGUAUGACACCCACCUUUGUUAAAAAAAAAAAGAAAAAAGAAAUAUGUCGAGCAUUGGUCCAAAGUCAAAUGAAAAGGCAGUGUGUGUAUGCAAAGGGAAAAUCCUACAGCUCAGCAGUGGAGUCCAAACCUGCAGCUUAUGAACCAGUUAAAUCUCCUUUAUGUUGUAAGAUGGUUAAAAACGUUUUGUUUGUUUGUUGAAGAAAUACGUUGAGCAUUUCAUUGUCAAACGUUCCAAUCAUAGCAUUUAAUAACCCGGCAGCAAUACUGAAUGAAGAAACAGUGCAAAAGUUGGUAAACAAACUAAACAGGAAGAAGGUAAGCCUGCUAAACAACUUGUCGUUCUUUUUACAUUUUUUACAUAGCAACAUACUAGCAGUAAAAAAACAAACUCCAUUCACCUUUUAUGAAAGAUGUAUGUUUUCAAAAGAAAGGCUUUAAAUAAAGACGGUGUUGUCACUCA